AUGGUGAAACUCUGUGAGCUGUGUGGUGCAGAAGCCCAUCUCCACUGCGACGCAGAUUCUGCCUUCCUCUGCCGCUCCUGCGACGUUAAGUUCCACGCCUCUAACUUCCUUUUCUCCCGCCAUGUCCGCCGCAUCAUCUGCCCUGACUGCAAUUCUCUCACCAGAGACGAAAUCUCCGGUCAUCUUUCCCCGUGGCCUCCGAGAGUAACCUGCUCCUGCCGUGGAACUUCUUCGUCUUCAGCUUCGUCUUGUUGCUCCUCGCUGGAUCUUAUCUCUACCUCCGAGCUUUCGUCGUCGACGACGAGGAAGACUAUGGUGAGGGAAAAGAGAGCCAAGGCCGUGGCGGAGGGUAUUUUUGUAAAUUGGUGUGAUGAGUUGGGGCUAAACAGAGAUUCGAGAACCGCUGUCGUUUCAUUGGCGUCUUUCGCUUUAGCAGUUGGGAAGUCGAGAUCAGCAAGGACGAAGGUUGUUUUAGCGGCGGCGUUUUGGUUCGGUGUUAGGAACUCAAGGAAGGCGAUGACGUGGCAGAGUGUAAAGAAGGUGGAAGAUAUAACAGGAGUUGCAGCUGGAGUGAUUCGAGCAAUUGAAGGCAAGCUGGCGCGUGCUGUGACGCUGCAGGUUAGGCGGUGUCGCGUGGAUUCGGAGGAAGGAUGGGAUGAAAACGACAACGUUUGA